AUCUGCGGCCCCGCAAGACCCCACCCACUUGCGCGUGCGCUUACGCGCUCAUAUAGACCGCGUGGUCGUCGUGGCUUCUCGCUCUCGUCGUUGAGCUCUGUUUGCCUCGUUGUUUAUGCCAGUGAACUUUACGUUUUGCCCGGGUUUUCCACUGUGCUCCCGAGUCUAUUUACCACCAAUUUCUUUUCUCUAUCAGUCUUGUUGGUUCCCUACGGCACUCCGUGUCUGUAUUAUCCGCCGUGGCUGCUAUUUUUGUCUUCGUGCCACGCCCUUUUUGUUCAA